UAUUAUAUUACGUACUUACACUACUAUAGAAAAUCGUAACACACACCACAGAUUCUCAUUUCAUUCUGAAUCUGUUCACUCUUCACAACUCACAAUGAUAUUUCUGGGGAUUUGGAUUGCUCUUUUGGGUGUGACAUUCGGUGGAGCGGAGCAGCUUACUGGACAACUUCACUUACAAAAUACGCAGAUAAGAUUUAAAAGUCGUUCAAACUUUGAUAAUCACUUGAGAGGGAACACCGAUAAAAAGUUGUCAUCCACUUCAUCACCGCCAUCCGACAAAAGUUUAUCGCACGGGACCCCGACCUCGCCCAUCCAAUCAUCGAAUCAUUCGUCGCUAUCAACAUCCAAAGCACCUAUCACCAGAUCGUCAUCGUUUUUAUUACUAAAGUCUUCCUCGUCAGUUCAUACAUCAUCAACAACAUUAGUCUCUUCGUUACCAGCCUCUAUGACAUCAUCGUCCUCACCCCUUUCUUCCUUGACAUCAUCGACUACCAUAUCAACGACAGCCAUGUCAACUAAAUCAACACCUUUAAUGUCAACUCCGGGCAGCUCUAUUUCGUCAAAAACGUCGUCGCCUCUCUUUUCCACAGCUAGCAGUAAAACUGAUUCUGUCACAAAGACAAGCACGAUGUUGUUAAAGUCAAACACUGCGAUAACCAUGUCUCAUCCACAAACCGAAAUGACAAGCCCCGGGAAUACACAUUCUGCACUUACGCCUUUGACAACUGCCAUUGGAAAAACGACGCCGAACGGUAAAACAAACCCUAGUAUUCUUACAAGUUCAGUUCCACCGUCAAGGCAAACUACAGCACCAAACAAGAUUACAACACCAAAGCAGACGCCAUUACCGAAGCAGACGACAACAUCAAAGCAGACGCCACUACAGAAGCAGACGGCAUCUUCAAAGCAGACAAAAAUCCCACUGUCAAGUGUAACAUCCGUUUAUGUAAAACCCACUACUGAUAAACCAAUUCAGACAUCAUCGACAGUGAUAACAACAAUGACACCGACCACGAAGACAACAACAUCUAAAACUGAGAACCCUGAAACUACGUCUCUAAAACCUAGACUAACAAGCAAACAGGCAUAUUCAACAUCAGCAACUGUACAAAUUACAACUUCAACGCAGCAGCCGCCUAAAACAACAACAACCAAACACACACAGCCCACAAAAUUUACGACUCAGAAACAAGUGGUGACAACGAAAACUACAACAAAACCUACGGUAACGCCAAACCAGGAGUCCAAAACAUCGACAACAAAACAUACUCCGCCAGUGAAAUCUAGCCGUACAUUGUUUACGUUACUAUCUACAACAGCAUCAGCUAAACAGACAUCCUCAACGUUAAAUAUUCGAACUACCAAGAUGGAAUCAAUGCCAGCAAAGCAGACUGAAAAAUCAUCAACCACUCAAUCUACUUCAACAAUGGAACCCACAGUUUUGACAACACGAACUACAUUGCCUCCGUCAUUGACCACGGGUUUGUCUUCAACAUCUGAAUCUGCAACAACAAGGUUAACUCUUUUAACCGAGUCGACAACCGUUUCUACAGGUAGAUCAUCUACAUCAGCAAGCACCCAAACGUCUUCCUCGACUGUUACGUCAAAACUGGGGCCACAAACCUUCUCCAAUGGAUCCAAAGAGCCAUUGAUAACCAGUACCACUAGCAAAGAAACAUCACAACAAACUGGUAGUUCCACGGUAAAUCACAUGCAAUCGUCUUCACACGAUUUGACAAGCCAGGAACAUACCGUUACUGUACCAGACACACACAGCCUGCCGACAACCCAAAGUACGCUUACUAACCAAUCACAGCAAAGCUCGUCCCUAAGUAAACGUUCCAUUGGCGCCAUUGCCGCCGCGUGUUCGAUCGUUGCAUGCGUGGCCAUUAUCGCUGUCGUUUACUUCUACGUCAAUAGGCGGUAUAGAAAGGGAGGGAAAUCCUGGGAAGUCGUGGAUGAGCAUUCCCGCAUUGAAACCACUGACAUGAGUGCCAAGAUGGACAUCGUCUUACAAGACUUUGAUCAAAGGGAUAAGAAGUCAGGGGGAGAAACUUUUAGACCCGUCAACCAUAUAUAAUACCUAGUAAUGAUCGCACGGCGAAAUAACACUUGACUAACAACCGAUCUAAUUCCCCGGUCAUUGGUGUUUUAGAAUGUUCUAUUUCUUACACUGUAUCCUUGUAUACAUUCACUGAUUAGUGUACGUACAUAAGUAAGACGUUCUUUUAACGUCUUGUACUAAGAUAAAUAUUGGUGAUUAGAAAAUUAAUGUCGAAAAAAAAAUUCAAUGAAAUAUUUAUUCUUAUUUGUUUUGAUUAGUAAUUAUAGUAAUAUUCUGAAUUAUUAAUUAAUGAUGAUAACGUUGAAAAUUCAGAAUGCACACUGGCAAUAUACAGUUUAAUAGAUUUGCUUUGUAUGAAUUUUAAGGAGUUGAACUCUUAUAUCCAAAGGCUAAAACGGCUGGUCCGGAAAGCAUUUCAUGCAAUGUUCAUUACAUCAUACUAAAAUAAAUGAUUUCAUCUUCA